UUAUGGUAACCUACGUUACACAGAGUUGCUGCAUUGCAUCAUCACAAAGUAGCCUCCUAGUUUUAUAAAUAGAAUGACGUAAGCUAUGAUCAUGUCUUCCAUCUUCGACUAAUGCUGUCGCGGAACUAUAAAGAGGGUUGAAGCAACGCAUCGAUUGCCACGGUAAUUUCCCGUGGACAUCAAGCGGGCUCACAGGAACUGUCUUAAACGAAGGCUUCUUAUUUUAAAUCAAGCGCACGUUUUCACAAUGAUGCUACAGCAUCUUGGUCACCCUGGUCCUAUGGAGAUCAGCGCGUCAACCUUAUUUUGCCUUUCCCCACCUGAAUCACUCGCGUGCGAAGAUUUCACGAACUACAGACCUUUACCAAAGGAAGAACUACGAUACACCUGCCAAAACAAAGUUUCCAUCGACUUGAGUACCAGGACGAGACGCACGUUGUGGAGCUCUGAUAGAAACGCAGGACUAGGCACCACCAAUAAUGAGGUUCGUCCUGAAGAAGCUGAAAGGAGGAAAAGACGACGAGAGAGAAACAAAGUCGCCGCUACUAAAUGCAGGAAUAAGAAGAAGAAGAUAACGGAUUGUUUGCAGAAGGAGUCGGAGAAACUGGAGACUGUUAAUGCGGAUCUGAAGGAACAAAUUGAGCAGCUGAAGCAGCAGAAACAGCAGCUGGUCUACAUGCUCAAUCUUCACCGGCCCACCUGCAUUGUUCAAGCACAGAAUGGACAAACUCCCAGACAUGAGAGAAACCUCUUUAUCCAGCACGCUAUACCAAUAGGAGAAAGCUGCUUUUGA